UCGCGAGACUUCGUGAGCUCCUCCCUCUUUCCUUUCUGCCACCGCCAUGCCAUCCAGACUGAGGAAGACCCGGAAACUCCGGGGCCACGUGAGCCACGGCCACGGCCGCAUCGGUAAGCACCGCAAGCACCCAGGAGGCCGCGGAAAUGCUGGAGGCAUGCACCACCACAGGAUCAACUUUGACAAAUAUCAUCCAGGUUACUUCGGGAAAGUUGGUAUGAGGCAUUACCACUUGAAGAGGAACCAGAGCUUCUGCCCAACUGUCAACCUGGAUAAAUUAUGGACGUUGGUUAGCGAGCAGACGCGGGUCAACGCAGCCAAAAACAAGACUGGGGCAGCUCCCGUCAUUGAUGUUGUGCGAUCUGGCUACUACAAAGUUCUGGGCAAGGGAAAGCUCCCUAAGCAACCUGUCAUUGUGAAGGCCAAAUUCUUCAGCAGAAGAGCUGAAGAGAAGAUUAAGGGUGUUGGAGGUGCCUGUGUUCUGGUGGCUUAAAAGCCACUCCAGGGGUUAAUUAAAUGCUAACAUUUUCCAUGUG